AUGAAGAUUCAUGGAGGAACAAUUUCUAAUAAAAGACCUGCACUUGAUGGUCUCUAUCACACCAUAUCUAAAAAAUGCAAAACCAGUGUUCUAGGUGAUUAUGUAUUAUCUAAUAGUAAGGUUACAAAUUAUAUCAUCAAGCAAUGUAAAAAAAAACAGUCAGCAGAAUUUAAAUGUUCAAAAGAUAAUGUAUUGCGUAGCAUAGCUACUUACUAUACAUCUGGGUAAUGGGGAAAAGGAAAUACCAAGCUGUGAGGCUAGCAUCGUCAAUGAAGUCCAGUGAUGCAAAGAGGGGAGGUAAAACAGCUAUCAAGUUUAUGCCAAACUGUCCCAUACCAAAACUUCUUACUUACAAUUCUCUUGUGAAUGAAAUAAAAAAGAUUGACGUAGCAAAGGUGUAUUCCAUUGAAGAAGAAUUCAUAGAUGAUGAAUAUAUUAAUGGGUGCUUUAGAAACUUAAGAGAGUAUUUGCCCCGACUAGCAAAAUUUUAUUUGAACAUGCAAGGGAAACGCAAAGGUGCAUUAAAAUGGUUUGGAGAAACAGAGGGUAGUUUUCUUGUUGCAUUUGAGGGGAUGGAUGCCCUUUUGGUAAAAACGAAUCUGCUUGUUCAUUCCUUAUCAGCUUUCUUAAUGUUGGAAAGAGAGUGGCAUCCAGCAAUGACAAUUUUUAGUCUUUGGGGGUAAUGUAGAGGAGACCUCCCUUAUUGUGAAAAAAUACAUAAACUUUGUAUGUAAACAAAUCAAGGAUUUAGAGGGAUGUGUAUUUGAAAUUAAUGGUUUACAUGUGUCAUUUUAUUUUGAAGAGGUUCCUAAUGACAUGAAAAUGUUAGCAAUGCUUGGUGGAGAGCUUAGUAAUUCUGCUACAUUCUUUUCAACUUUUGCAAAUGUAAGUACAAAAGAAUGUACUGAUUUAGGGGGGACAUUUGGCUCCCGUCCUUCAUGUAAAUGGAAACCCUGGAAGUAUGCCAAUAGACUUAAAGAUGCUAAGGCUGUAGAUUCUUUUAAGGUCUCACUGGAUGGAAAACCUUUAUUGGCAAAACACAAGAGGUCUAAGGUAACUGAUUUCAGUUAUAGCUCGUCAAAAGAGCCGUCAAGAAUAUAUUCCUUUGGUGGGUAAAUUAAUUGAUGAAGCUCAUGUAGAGCCUCUUCCCCUCAAAAAUAAUGCUUGGGGGUAUUUUUUCAAAGUGCUGUUGAAGGAGGCAGUGGCUAAGUCUUACAUACCAUCAACAUGCAAAACAUUUGCAGAGGUUCAAAAGGAUACCUCUUUGGGGAGACUGGUCACUGCACUUAAAUGUGAGGUGAAGGCAGGUUGCUUAGCUAAAAAGGUCCGUAAAUGGUUUGACAAAACACAGGGUAAGCAAGGGGAUUUACAGUAUCGUUUUACAGGAAAAGAGUCAUGGUUGUUUUGUCACAACUUUCGAAGGUUGCUGACAUUUUUGAGGCAGGCAAAUGACAGUCAAAAACAAAGACAGAUUUGCUUUCCCUAGCUUAUAUUGGUGUAAGACUGAGGGAUUUGUGCUCAAUCAUCAAUCGAUUUGAAGUGGAAGAUACUCAUCUUGAGCAACUUCAGCAAUUAGCAAAAGAGUACUAUCGUGCCAAUGCACUACUGUUACCCACCUCAGUAAAUCCCACUAUCUGGACCAUUAGCCAUGUUGUGGCUGCUCAUGCCAGGCAGGUCCAUGAUAAAUAUGGUCAAGGUCUUUUAACUGUAACAAUGGAGGGUAAAAAAAGCCAAACAUAUAGCUUUACAGAAGUUAAGUGUAAACACUACAUACCAACAUCGAUGGGCUGA